GCUUUUCUUUUACCGCUGAGCCCCCCUCCCCCCUCCCGUUCCCACCACGUCAAGAUCUGAUCCAUCACCCGUCCCGUCCAAUCGCCUCCCCCUCGUGAUCCCGACGACGACACAUUCACACAGCUCGGUUCCGUGCUUUUUCCCCACACCCCCGGGCCUCCGAUUCACAAGGGUGGUACAAGUAGAAACGUGGAACUGGGCAGGAGUAGGCAGCGAGCACUCGGGGCGCACCUCGGGGCGCACCACAAGCGCGCCGGCACCGCCCACCUACCUGAGUCACCCAACCUAUAGGAAGGGGGUAGGGAGUAGCAGUAGCCAGUAGACAGUGUAGCACUGCGGCUCCUACCACCACGCCUCCAUUCCCAUCCCCAUUCCCAUCUAUACCACACCGCUGCAGAUCUCUAUCCAGUCCACCCGCGCUGCAGCCAGCUCUCGCAUGGUUUCUCCCUUCCCCCAGGAGUGGCAGAUCUGUGCGCGUGAUCCCUAACUUGGAUCCUGGUGAUUUGGUUGUUCUUAGUCCUUCCGGCAACCUGGUUAUAGGGAAGUACGAUUUCUUGAAUCUCCGUUUAAAAUUCAGGAUAUUCAGUUGAAUCAACUAUAACUGUGUUACCGUUCAUACACGUGAUAAAUUGAAAAGUUCUGCUUAUGUUCACCCAUCACAAAGAUGCCAACAAAAGGACAGUUCAGUAAUGAAAGGAAUGUGAAGAUCAUAUCAGGUCGUGAUGGACAAAAGAAGGGAAAUUUACAACAUGCCCAAAUUGUACAAGCCCCGAAGGAGAGGGUCACAGCAGUCAGUGGAUGCGUGGAUGGAAAAUUCGAAGAUAGAAUCAGAGUUGCAAAACAUGAUAAGUUCCGCAGCCAACGGGAGCCUUGGAAUGCAGAAAGGGCUGCAUGCAUGAAGGGCUCAAAACCAUGGCCUGGUCGAAAGGCAACUGCUGUUGAUGAACUUGUCAAGCAUAUGUCAAAUGUCCCUUCAUAUUUACAGCGUAAAGAGACUGCAUACCAUCUUCAAGACAAGGCGCUGAAUGUUGGAGUCCUUGAGUGGGACCUUCUUUCUAACUGGUCUCAGCAACAAAAGCAUGAGCUCUCUAGAAGUCAUGGAGCCUCUCCAUCCAAUACUACUAGGUCUGUGCUAUUCUCGUCUCCAUCACAUUCUUCUGCAAGCCCCAGCACCAGAUCUCUUGAGAGCAAUCAAUCUACUCCAAUGAGUGACCAUCAGCAUUCAUCUAUCAGAGCUCAGCAGAGUAGGCUUGCUGAUAAACACCAUGGGAAGGCAAGAUAUUCACCUAGCCCAAAUUCUGUGGUAUUGAGCUUGUUGCCAGGGCAUGGCAAAUACCUCUGUGCAGAGAACAGCUGUAAUUAUGGUGGCCUGGGCCUCAACAAUGUAUCUCUACCCUCAGACUCUGUAGGUUCUUCCUCUAGAAGUUGCGAAAGACAUGAAAUGGUUGAAGAUGAAGAGACUAGAAGGAAGAUUGAAGACAUUGUCCAUCACUGUUCCCGUAGGCUUUUUACAGACAGCGAUAACAUUGCGAAAAAUUUCUUCACAUCAAAUAGCAAUGAUUCCAUGAAUAACGGUCAUGAACAGAGCAGUGGAAAUGAUUCCAUGUGUAACAAUGGAGAAAAUUUUGAGUCACUAAUAGCUAGUGCUGUGAUGGACACAGGUGGAAAUGGCAGUAUGUCACCUGACGGUUUCUUGGAGGAUAUUGAGCUGUCCCAUGAAUUUCCUCGAAUUCCAUACUCAUGUCCACUUCCCAUCAUAGAUUCAGCUGAAGAGAUUGGCACCAGUGGCACUGCAGCUAGAGAUCAUUUUGUUGGUACGGCUGCAAGAAUAAAUGAGAACUGUAACCGAAACCGUGCUGUCAUCAGUGUCACUGAGCAUCCUCUCCAAUGUUCUGCAAAGUUCAAUGAUAUGGGUAGGAUGCCUGAUCAUCAUCUAGUUUUUGGGAUGAAUCGAGUGAGCCGCAGUUCUAGCCUGAAGGAGGCACCAUAUGGUCGACAACCCGAGGUAGUGACCUCUGUCGAUAAGAUAGGAGAGAGGUCAUCAUCCAACAGCAAAGGUCGGCGCAGCCCAUUGAGGAGAAUGUUGGAUCCAAUAUUAAAGCCAAGGCAAACAUUCUCUUCUAGUCCAAUGCGACCUUCAUUUGUUCCGAAGUGUCAGCUUCCAGGCAAUACCAGUAAGCAGUCUCUUGACUUGGGGGGAUCACUGUCACGGAAUGUGCAGCGAAGGUCAGUUGACAUGGUAGUGAAUUCGAAUUACCAGACCGAAGCAAAUGUAAACCAGCCUCCUCGUGUGCUAUUGAACAAUGCGAGAUACCUGCAGCAAGUAAAGGAUUCAGCAACAACAAGGCAAGCACUUAUGCAGCUAGCAUGGAAGAAUGGCUUGCCUUUAUUCAUGCUGUCUUAUGGUGAUUCUGAUGUCCUGGCGGCCACUGUUAGAAGGACAGGUGUCCCUGGUAAGGAUGAUCUGGAAAGCACAUAUGCUGUAUUCAGUGUUGAAGAAUCUAAGAAGAAAAGUGGCGCAUGGAUCAUGGCAGGGGGUAAGAACAAGAAACAUCAACUGUUAUCCAGCAUAGUUGGGGAAAUGAGGGUUGCUCGUCGAAAAUCAAGAUGCUGCCACACAAAAAAUGUUCAUAUCCACAGGGAAUUUGUGUUGGUUGGUUCUGAAUUGCUACCAUCAUCUGAAGAAUCAGGUGAUUCACACGUUAGUGGAGAGCUUGCGGCCUUCAUAAGCGCAUUGCCUGAGCAAGAAGCAGAAACUUCUUGUCAAUCAUCUUCACAGAAUUCCGGACGAAGAAGUUCAGCGCCGGUUUGCUGUUGUUGCCCCCAGCUGGGAAACUUCCAGCCUAGUACCAGCAAUGCUACUUCCGGUUCAGCCAAUGUUAUUGCCAUAGUUCCUAAUGGCUUCCACGGCACAUCAACUUCUGGACAGACAUUACCUCUGAUCGAGAGGUGGAAAUCAGGAGGAGCAUGUGACUGUGGCGGGUGGGAUGAAGGUUGCAUGCUGAGUGUCCUCACUGAUGGCACUCAAGAAAACGAAGGUGCCAUUCAGGUUAACCAGGCAUUGGAUGGCAGUCAGCGAUUUGACCUUAUCGUUCAGGGUCGAUCGCGAGAAGAUAGGCAUGCCUUUAGUAUGGUCUCUUUCAAAGAAGGGUUAUACACGGUCGAGUUCAGAUCAUCCAUUUCUUUACUUCAAGCUUUUGCAAUGUGUAUAGUGAUGCUUCAUGGGAGGUACCCUAGCAGGACUCAAGCAGGUUUGCAAGCAUCGCAAGAGCAUGAUCUCCUUGCUGAUCAUGAGCUCAAGACUAUGGCAGCCAGGCAAGCUAGACCUCCGACCAGCUAUGUGCCCCACCGGCCACCUCUUUCUCCCGUAGGCCGAGCCUAACUUAUCACGAUAAAAUGUAUGUUAUUUCCGCGUCUUCUCUUUCUCUCUCUUCAGUUGUGUAGCGCCGGUGGGAUCAGUAUACCAUGGUCCUCUGUUCCAUAUUUUUUAUUUUUUGAAAAGGUAAGUUUCAUUAACUCUUAGUAUUAUAUCGAGGUGAUAUUACAUAAGUGACAGCCAAAAAGAGCCAAUGAGCUAGAAUGAAAACUUUACACGAUUAUUGAGAUUGGCUUUAAA